AAACCAAGCUGCUUCUCCCCAGCGGCGGCGGUUUCUAUGAUUAGGUAACAGGUCCUCUUUUGGCCUCCCGGCUGACUCUAAAACAAAGUAAAGCCAUGAUACUCUGGGUGACAUCUCCGAGAAUUUUAAAAUCUGGGUGCAAGGCACGGUUGGCCGCGGGGCAGGCGCGCCCUCUGCUUUCUCGAUUGCGGAGCCUGCGGAGGCGGAGCGAGCAGUCCACGCCCUCCCGCCGGCCCCAGAGCGCUCACUCGACACCCAGAGGGCGCGGACACCGGACCAGAGCUCCCGGAGAGCGGCGGUUUUGGCCGGCCCCCGUCUCGAGGGCACAGCUCUGAGUGGGAAAAAGUGGUGCAUUUCUGAACAUUCUCAGGAUUCACAAGGAAACCAACCAUGUCCUUGGAUGACAUUAAGAUGAAAACUAGUGACUUAUUGGAGAAGGAGUACCUGGACAGCGGGGGUUUCGGAAAGGUGUCUCUGUGUUUACACAGAUGCCAUGGACUCGUAAUACUGAAAAAGGUGUACACGGGACCCAAGCGCACUGAGUACAACGAGUCCCUCCUUGAGGAGGGCAAGAUGAUGCACAGGCUGAGGCAUAAUCGGGUGGUGAAGCUGCUGGGCGUCAUCAUAGAAGAAGGGAACUACUCCCUGGUGAUGGAGUACAUGGAAAAGGGCAACCUGAUGCACGUUCUGAAGGCGGAGGUCAGUAUCCCCCUUUCUCUAAAAGGAAGGAUAAUUAUGGAGAUCAUUGAAGGGAUGUGCUACUUACAUGGACAAGGCAUAAUACACAAGGACCUAAAGCCUGAAAAUAUCCUCGUUGAUGAUGACUUUCACAUUAAGAUAGCUGAUCUUGGUGUUGCUUCCUUUAAGAUGUGGAGUAAACUGACUAAAGAGGAACAUAACGAGCAGAGGAAAUUGAAUCGAGUCUCUAAGAAAAACGGUGGAACCCUUUGCUACAUGGCCCCUGAGCAUCUGAAUGACAUCAACGCAAAGCCCUCGGAGAAGUCAGAUGUGUACAGCUUUGGCAUAGUACUUUGGGCAAUAUUUGCUAAUAAGGAGCCCUAUGAAAAUGCGAUCUGUGAAGAGCAGUUGAUAAUAUGCAUUAAAUCUGGGAACAGGCCAAAUGUGGAAGACAUCCUUGAAUACUGCCCAGAGGAGAUAAUCAGCAUCAUGAAGCAGUGCUGGGAGGCGAAACCAGACAUUCGGCCAACAUUUACUGGCCUUGAAGAAAAAUUUAGGCCUUUUUAUGUAGAUCAAUUAGAAGAAAAUGUAGAAGACGAUGUGACAAGUUUAAAGAAAGAAUAUCCAGACCCAGUCCAGAAUUCAUUUGUGAAGAGAAUGCAUUCUCUCCAGAUUGACUGUACAGCAAUACCUCCAAGCAGGUCAAAUUCAGCCCCAGAACAACCCAGCUCACUGCACAGUUCCCAGGGACUUGGGAUAGGUCCCGUGGAGGAGUCCUGGUUUGCUCCCUCCCUAGAGAACCAGCAGGAGGAGAAUCAGCUCAGCUUGCAGAGUAAACUCCAGGAGGAAGCCAACUACCAUCUUCAUGGCAGCCGCAUGGACAGGCAGACAAAACCACUCAGACAGAAUGUGGUUUAUAAUAGAGAGGAGGAAAGGAGACGAAGGGUCUCCCAUGACCCUUUUGCACAGCCAAAACCUUACGAGAAUGUUCAGAAUCCAGGAGUAGGCCUUACUUACUCUAGUGCAACCAGUCCUGGUAAUGCACUACACCAACCAACGGGGCCAACCAGCCAACCCCAAGUACUGUACUGGAACAAUGGAUUGUACAAUCCAUUCCCUUUUGGAACAAGGCCACAGGAUCUGGGAGCAGCAAGUUCAAGAGCUUGGUAUGGGCCAAAUCCAAGCCAUAUGCCAAGUGUGCAUAAAACUCCAGUGCCUGAGACCAACCUACUGGGAAACACACCCACCCUUUCAUUCGCCACCUUCCCACCAAGAGAUGAGUCUGUGAAAUGUUCCAUACACAACAGUACUGGCAUUCAGAUUGGAGAACAUAAUUACAUGGAGAUUAGUGGAAUGAGUUCAGUGCCACUGGACAUGAACUUGAAAGAAGAGCCAGCUGCUAAGUACCACGAUAUCUUUGAAAAUAUCACUAGUCUGACUGACAAACAUCUGGAUCCAGUCAGGGAAAAUCUGGGAAAGCAAUGGAAAAACUGUGCCCGUAAGCUGGGCUUCACUGAACCUCAGAUUGAUGAAAUUGACCAUGACUAUGAGCGAGAUGGACUAAAAGAAAAGGUUUACCAGAUGCUCCAAAAGUGGCAGAUGAGGGAAGGCAAUAAGGGGGCCACGGUGGGAAAGCUGGCCUAUGCGCUCUACCAGUGUUCAAGAACAGACCUCCUGAACUAUUUGGUACGUAUCAGCCAGAGUUAACUCCUGGAAGGGCUAUGGCAGCAUGAGGUCAUCUCCUCGCCAGUAAGUAACCCACUGAAAGUGUGCUGCCUCUGAUCCUGCAGAAUUCUUUCCUCACUGAUAUAGGUUCUCUGCAUGAAAAUCUCCUGCAUUCCAUAGCUGGAGAAUGGGAAAGAAAUCUACAGCAAACAGCUUACUAACCGGGAAGACCUAUUAAUGGCCAAGGCCCAAUCCAGAAAGAAGCCUAAUUGGGUUUUGAAAGAGAGAGAGAGAUGUUUGAGAAAGAUAAUUUUCUUUCAGUUCAUUCCAUAACCUUCAACAACAUCAUUCAUUUACUUUCCUGGAGUUUUGUUCCAGCAAGGAAAAAAAAAAAAUUUCAGGGGACACAAACAAAGUCAACCUUCUUAUUUUAUGCUCUCUUUUCCAUAAAGACUCCUGUUAUAACCAAAGUACGGUGAAAUUGUGAGUUCUCUUCAACUAGGUUUUUUUGUUGUUGGUUGUUGUUUUGUUUUGUUUUGUAUUCUAGCCACAGUUCAUUCCAAAACUACAAGAUCUGUUAACUUCAGUAUCAAAUGUUGUGUCAGGUAGUACAGGCUUCAAGAAUUACAUGUAGUCUCCACUCCAUAAAUUAACUGAAGGGAUUUUCAGUACUAAAACAGAAAAAAAAUAAUAGAGAACAAAAAUAUCAGGAUUUUCCAGUGGCUGUUGCAAGGAAUUGCUACUAAUUGUGGUGACUACAUCAAUUCUUAAUGAAGUGUUUAAGUUCUUUCCUAGCAUUCUGAUACUUUCCUAGCAUGUAUGUAUUGAUCUCUUCAUACCUCUUUGUGACUGGAGCCUCAGGGCUGAUCACUGUCGAGCGGCUUCCUCAGAUUACCCCAGGAUGCUGUAGAAAUAUUUUCAUUUUUUUCUGUGAGCACCUGUGAUGUUUAAAAAAAAAAAAAAAAAAAAAAAAGGACGCUUCAAAGCCUGAUAACUGCUCCUCUAACACUCAACCUUUCAAAGCCCACUCAAAACUCAGACCAGAAGACUAGAAGACUGAAGGCAAGCAAACCAUUCGGUAUCAUUGCCUGCACGUGGCUAAACAGAGAGGGUGUGUCAUUGUGCUCAGCCCUUCCAGGAAGGAGGGAGUGAUACAUGCAGUAUGGUGACUCAGGAUGUCUGAACAGAUUCUACGGUCUGGUGGGCUGAUAACAGUUUUAUGGUUCCGAUUCUAAAAUCCCUCUAGCCCCAGCUGACAAACACAUGCAUACCCCCCCCCACACACACACACACCCCUCCACUUGAAGUGGGACUAUAAAACAGAAUUUCUUAACUCUGCACUAUUGGCAUCUUGGGCCAGAUAAUUCUUUGUUGUGGGGGCUGUCCUGAGCACUGUAGGAUCCGGAUGUCUGAAAGUGUCCUCUACCCACUAGAAGCCAACAGUGCCAUUCUUCCCUCCUCCUGUCCUGGGCUGGGACAAGCCAAAAUGUCUUGAGACAUUGUGAAUGCUCCUUGGAAGGGCCCAAUUGCCGCAGCUGAGAAGAGCACUGCUACAAAGUAAUGAAGCUCAGUCUCUUAUCCAUACAAAUCCAGGCUCACUACUUCGUUGCCACAUAGCAUUAGAUCAUGUAGACCAAAACAAAAAUUGGAUGGAGAGAGUCCCAGGCUUUGCUAGAGAGGAGUGAUGAUUGCUUUUCUAAAUGUAUCCCUUGUACCUCUGUCCUAAGUGUCUAAAUUCUUUAAAUUCUAAAGCAAUUGGAUGAUCAAGUUUAGAGGCAAAAAAGGUAUUUUAAUGGACUUUUAAAAA